AUGGCGUCGGUGAGCGGCCUGGCGUCGGCGCUGGAGUCGUACCGGGGCCGAGACCGCCUGAUCCGAAUGCUGGGGUAUUGCUGCCAGCUGGUCGGUGGGAUCCUGGUGGAACAAGGUCCGGCCAGGUCAGAUGUGGGGACCCGCCUGCUGGCACUGUCCACCCAGCUCAGCCACUGCAGGACCGUCCUGCGGCUCUUUGACGACCUGGCCAUGUUCGCCUACACAAAGCAGUAUGGCUUGGGGACAGAGGAAGAGGACACCUUUGUCCGCUGUCUGUCUGUCCUGGGCAAUCUGGCUGACCAGCUCUACUACCCCUGCGAGCAUGUCGCCUGGGCCGCUGAUGCCAAGAUCCUCCAUGUGGACGCUGCCCACUGGUGGGCGCUGAGCACAGCGUUCUGGGGCCUCUCCCUGCUCCUGGGCAUUGCCAGGUCCCUGCGGAUGGUCGUGAAGUUGCGGCGACAGCUGAGGAGCCAGACAGCCGCCUUCCCGGGGAGGCCCCUCCGGAGGAGUGGGAGCAGCCGGUGGGCCCUGGAGGCACAGGUGCGCUCUGAGUUGCUCACGCUGCUCAGUAACCUGGCCGACCUGGCCAAUGCUGUGCACUGGCUGCCGGCGGGCGUGCUGUGGGCCGGCCGCUUCCCGCCAUGGCUCGUGGGCCUCCUGGGCACCGUGUCGUCCAUCCUCAGCGUGUACCAGGCCGUCAGGGUCCCCAGCAACCGGGCGGAAGCCACCAGCCCCUGACUCUGCCCCAGGAAUCGGGGACGCAGCUGGAACCAUGGCGGGCUCUUCAUCAGGGCCAGGAACUGAGUCCGAAGCUGGUGAAGCAGGCGGCAGAGUGUGGUGCAGAGAAACGGGAAGACAGGUGCCAGGGCUGAGCCCCAACGUGGGUCCAGCGGUAGCCUCCAGGACCUGGGGGAGGAAGGCCAGCCUGGGCCAGGAAUAAAUGAGGUCUAUGGGG